GCUUUUGAUGGUUUUCCUAAGCGUUGUUGUGUUGGUCUAUACAAGAUUAACAUCCAUCUACUUUCUUAGGCUUCCUUCACCCAUUCCAUAACCGCCAUUCUAAUUUUUGGACCAUGGCCAAGAGGAAACGUGACGAUCGUCCUGAGACGGCCCCAACUUCCAAAUCACAAAGUGAAAGUACAAAGGUGGCCAAAUUAGACAACAGUACAGAUGUCAAGACAAUUCCACCGGUUAUCCAGAUCAUCACGGGUUCUUACGAAAGAAUACUGCACGGUAUUACCGCUUCACUGUCCUUACACCCCGACGACGUCAAAUCCAAAGCAAACCCCCAAAGUACCACGUUCUCAGACUCCUUCCUCUUCAAUGCACAUGCCUCUUCUAUACGGUGUCUGGCUCUAUCGCCACUCCCACCUCCAGGGUCAUCCGACAACCAAGGUGUUUUCCUAGCCACAGGAGGCUCUGAUGAGAAAAUCAAUGUCUUUAGCCUCUCCACCUCACCGGUAGCCCACGACCGGGGUUUCCCUGUAUUGCCAUCACUGUCCACCAACGCCAUCUCGGAGAAUCCCAGAAACAGAGAAUUGGGCACUCUUCUGCAUCACUCGUCCAAUAUUACCGCUCUCCAUUUCCCGACCAGGUCGAAGCUACUUUCCGCAUCGGAAGAUAAUACGAUUGCUGUUACCCGCCUGAAAGAUCUCACCGUUGUCUCAACCGUCAAAGCCCCACGUCCCAAGGUCCUCGGCCAGCCCAGUGGUGAUACGGCGCCGCCGGGCGCCACCCCAGCCGGUGUGAAUGACUUUGCUGUACAUCCCAGUAUGAAAUUAAUGGUCAGCGUUGGUCGAGGCGAGCGGUGUAUGAGGCUGUGGAACCUUGUCACGGGCAAGAAAGCUGGUGUGUUGAAUUUCGGUCGUGAGAUGCUUCAGAGUGUCCGGGAGGGCAAGUAUAGCAGUGGUGAGGGGCGAAGGAUCGAAUGGAAUCCUGCGGGCACUGAGUUUGCCGUGGCAUUUGAACGCGGCGUGGUCAUUUUCGGGGACGAUUCGAAACCCAAGGCCAAGAUUCUCCCCUCUCCCUUGACAAAGGUCCACAAGAUCGCCUAUGUCGCCUUGCGCAACUCCAGCAAUGAAGAGUUGGCCGUGUUGGCGGUAUCCACGGAAGAUGGGAGGGUGUUGUUUUAUACCAGCGAUGAGGUCAUCUCGUCAAAGAACGACAAGAACCCCGUGGAAGACACUAUUUCAGAUGCGACUUUACUUGGUCACCUCGGCGGGAAAGAUGGUGGCGUCACAACUCGCAUCAAAGAUUUCGAGAUUCUCGACUUCGGAUCGACUUCGCCCGGACCUGCAAAUCUGGUGGUUGUGACCGCCAGUAGCGACGGUGCUAUCCGCCUCUUCUCCGUCCCGGGGAUAGAUUUGGUGAACAAGAAGAAGGAGGGAGGCAGUUUCCAGAUGGGACAAUUGAUUGGCUUGUAUGAAACCGGCAAUCGAAUUACUUGUUUGAAGGCAUUUGUAAUGCUUCCACCGUCAGACGAGGAGGAGGAUACAGCGGAAGAUUUCGAAGGUCUGAGUCCGACAAAUCAGGAAGAUGAGAGCGGAGAUGACGAGGACAGUGACUGAAAACCUAAUAGCAAAAAUGGCUGAGCAUUGUUGUGGAGCCUGUCUUGAGAAUAUAGUCUUGUCAGCGCCUUUGAGCUUUAUUUGAGUAUUCUGA